GGUGUUGGCAGGAGACAGCUGGAGUUUAGUGGUGGUGGUGGUGGUGGUGAAGAAAAUGUCGCUGGGAAGAGGUUACGCUUUGCAGAACAGCAGCGGUGGAUUGUUGCAGCAGAUUGUUGCAGGGACGUCGUCAAAAUGAAUGAGAAACCACGGAACAAGAGCAGACUGUGCGAGCUUUGCAAUGCUGAAAGACCAGUUAUGGUUCGUCCAAAAACGAGUCAGAAGAUUUGUAAGAAUUGUUUCUACCGCGUUUUCGAAACGGAAAUCCACAACGUGAUUAUCGACAACAAACUAUUCCAUCGUGGAGAGAGCAUUGGAAUUGGAGCGAGUGGUGGUAAAGACAGUACGGUGUUGGCGUAUGUAAUGAAACUACUCAAUGAGCGAUACGACUACGGCUUGAAGUUACAUUUGAUUAGUGUUGACGAGGGCAUUCGUGGUUAUCGUGAUGAUUCACUGGCCACCGUAAAGCGUAACCAGCAACAGUACGAACUCCCGAUGACCAUUGUCAGUUAUGAAGAACUGUACGAUGGUUGGACAAUGGACCGAAUCGUAAGCAAAAUUGGCGCUAAGAAUAACUGUACAUACUGUGGUGUCUUUCGACGCCAAGCACUUGAUCGCGCCGCUUUGUCGCUCGGAAUUAAGCACAUUCUCACUGGACACAAUGCAGACGAUAUUGCCGAAACGGUGCUCAUGAACUUGCUUCGUGGAGACAUCGCUCGUCUGCCUCGGAGCACGGAGAUCACGACCAUGUCGGAAACUUCGCCUACCAAACGGUCCAAGCCAUUCAAAUAUACGUACGAGAAGGAGAUUGUGCUCUACGCACACUACAAAAAGCUGGAUUACUUUUCCACCGAGUGCACAUACUCGCCAGAAGCGUUCCGAGGCACCGCUCGGGCACUCAUCAAACAGCUUGAACGGCUCCGUCCUAGCUCCAUCCUCGACAUCAUAUAUUCGGGUGAAGCAAUGAAACUGUCGACCACCGUGCAAAAACAACUUCCUGAGCAGAAGAAGUGCGUUCGUUGUGGCUUCAUCUCCAGCAAUGACGUGUGCAAGGCUUGCACGCUUUUGGAGGGUUUAAACAACGGCAUCAGUGGUCUUGGUAUAGGCAGCAACCGCAAGGCCCGUCGUUUAAAGGAAAAACAGUCUGCCGAGAACGUACAGGCGGGCGAAACGGCAUAGACUAGGUUUUUGGCCAAGGUUUCAGUUCCAUAGUUUUCAUUCAUUUUCUCUCAUCUGCGUCUCCCAAAUGCAGUCUACCUCUCAUGUGUGGGUGUGAACAAUCUUUUCGGAUUUUUAUGUGCUUAAUCAUCUUCGUCCUUGUCUAACAGACCCGGCGAAGGAGUGUGGUUGCGUUUGGCAUAGAAACGUUCAACCCACGUCGUGACUGUGACAAGGCCGCCUGAAAUGGCAAGAAUUCGGAGAAUCGUGUUUCCCAGACUGGGAUACGUUUCGCGGAUGUGGAUUCCUAGAGGCUCAAUGUCGUAGGAAAUAAAGAUGCCAGGUGGAUCGCUCCGGAAUCCCGUUUGUCUGCGGACGGAGUUUUCGGUGACGGCGUACUGGUUGGUUUGGACAUUUCUGAAGGUGGAGGUAUACGUGGUUGGAAUAAUUGAAGUGUAGUACUGAAAAGCAAACGCAUGCUCGUCCGUAAAUCCGUAGGAGCCGUCUAAAGCAUUGACAAGUGAAGGAUAGUAGUCGCCG